AUGCAACUAGCCGCACAACCUUCCAUGUACGUACUGCCUCAUCAUUGUGUUCAAAAGGAAACUAGUUCAACUACCAAAGUGCGAGUUGUGUUUAACGGAUCCUCCCCUGACUCAAACGGGACAACGCUUAAUCAGCAACUUCUGCCCGGUCCUAAGCUACAAAAGGAUUUGAGCCACAUUCUCAUGAAUUUUCGCCUUCAUGCUAUAGCAGUCACAGCGGAUAUUCGACAGAUGUAUAGACAGAUUUGGUUGAAUCCAAAGCAACGUUAUCUCCAGCACAUAUUCUGGAGACCAGAUCCCGCUUCUAAUGUGCAGGAGUAUGAGUUAAAAACAGUGACAUAUGGUUUAGCACCAUCAGCAUAUCUUGCUCAACGUGUCCUUCUCCAGCUCGUCGAGGACGAAGGGCAUGAGUUCCCAUUGGCAGUACAAGCUAUCACAGAAAGCACCUAUGUGGACGAUAUUGCGCAUGGUGCCUCUACAGUUGAGGAAGCGAAGUCGCUACAGUUACAACUCGCAAACCUACUCAAUCGUGGCGGUUUCCAGCUGAGAAAAUGGGCUAGUAAUGAUCCAAUUGCUCUAGAUCAUGUUCCAGAACAGCAUCGUGAAUCUCCGUUGAAUUUCUCAAGUGACGAUCCUUCUAUUAAGAUUUUUGGAUUACGGUGGGAUCCUCGGUCUGAUACUUUCACCUAUUAUGUACAAGAAUUUGAUUCUCAAGUUACCAAGCGCACUGUUCUUUCUUAUAUCGCUCGAAUCUUUGAUCCCAUGGGGUGGUUAUCUCCAAUAGUAUUUUGGGCUAAGCAUUUUCUGCAACAGAUAUGGAUCUCUAAAGUGGGCUAUGAUGAUAUUCUGCCGCCUUCCCUAUCGGAGGCUUGGGGAAGGUUUGCUUCUCAAAUGCGGUGUCUCCGCGCACUUAAAAUUCCUCGAUACAUUCUCCAAAGUUUGCCACGUUGUUCUUGGUAG